UCGGGGAUUAGGGAUUUAUUUCUGAGAUUGGGUUUUCCUAUUUGAGGAGUGCUUUGGAGCGAAAAUUAGGGAGCACGCAGAGCAGAGUGAGGAAGAAAGGUUAGGAGAAGAUGUGGGAGUCAAUUGUUUUGACGGUGGUUGCCACCGCCGGCAACAACAUCGGCAAAAUCCUUCAGAAGAAGGGCACUGUCAUUCUUCCUCCUCUCUCUUUCAAGUUCAAGGUCAUAAGGGCAUAUGCUUUGAAUAAAACCUGGCUCGUAGGUUUUCUGAUGGAUAUAUUUGGGGCACUGUUGAUGUUAAGGGCAUUAGCUCUGGCUCCUGUCUCUGUCAUCCAAAGCACUCCGAUGAAAUCUCUAAUUUUCGCUCUUUCAAAUAGAAAAACCCAAGCUCUGAAAUAAAUCCCUAAUUCCCCAUUCAAAUAAAUCCCAAAUAGAAAUAA